AUGUGGCAGAAACUAGCACAGAUGCUCUAUACGGACGUGGAUAUGAUGAGGUAUAAAGAUUAUAAUUAUUAUUCUGACGAAACCGUCGUACCACGCCGACCGAAGAAGAAUCUGCCGCCUCUGCCCGAAGACAAGGAGUGCAGUAAUUCAGAAUUAAAAAAAACUUAUGUGAUAGUUAUCAAGAAAAGGCGGCAAAGGAGACAGAUCAAUUUGCCUGUGCUACCAGAAAAUGAUGAGUGUUGA